AUGGAAGGCACAUCCCCGGACGUACUACAUCGAGGCGUCCUUCAGACUCGCAUACCUACCGACAGUGACAAUAAGGCUGGACAGCUGUUCACGGUCAGCGAGCUGGCCGAUUACGUCCUCAAUCAAACCUCGGGAGAUAGUAUUCACAGCGCCGAUGUUGCGAUACAAAGUCCAUCUCGUCCACCCAUCUUAUCGCCUCCCAUUCCUUCCGGGCAAAGGUCAACCUUGACAAGUCCUCGGCAGCCUUCAAGCACUCCGACACUGAGUGACAGCCAUCAGACUCAGAGCCUCUUUCGCUCGUCGUCGAAUGCUUCGGACUUCUCCGCAGGCCUCGACGGCGCAAGUCUGGCCGUUGCAGUCGGUCUACCUGUCCGCUAUGGACCAACCAUCCUCGAAUGCGUUGAAGUCUACUUCGGUAGCCUCUAUCAUGUCGUAAAUGUCGUCCACGAACCGUCGUUCCGACGACUGCUUGCACGACCUUCGCAACUCAGCCUAGUCCAACGAUGUUUUGUAUUAGCAUUCUGCGCCGCAUCUAUCCUACGCGAAGCUUGCAAACAUGGCGAGGCGAUCAGCGACGAUGUCAAAGAGAAGGGAAUACGGUUCCUGGAACAAUGCUUCACCUUGCGAGCGAGCAUCGACUUCAUCGAGGAGCAGACACCUUUGGUUGUGACAAUGAGCUAUUUUCUCCACCUUUCGUCAGCUUGUCUCGAGAAAGUCAAAUCAUCAGGACAUUUCCUUCGGGAAGCGAUCAGCUUCGGCAUGGGCUUGAGCUUGCAUGAGCGAGAGCAGCCGAAUAAUCUGUACGACGCAGACUUGAUCUGUGCACGUCGUACGCUCGCUCUCCUCAGCGUCACGGAGCGUGCUAUGGCGGUUCUGAUUGACGUGCCAGCAAUAUUGCUCCGCACGCCACCUUCUCUGCCCUCCGUCUUCUUCGAUGCAGAAGAUGCAAAUACACUCGACGCUUUCGAAUGCCUCUAUAGCCUCUUCAGCCUCCUCAACCCUACCAUUCUCGGCUACUGGUCCAGUGGCCGGCUCGAGAACGAAGCUCAUAGAGACACCCUCCGCGAUAUGAUCGAAGGCGUCCAACACCAACUUGCCAGCCGCUCACUCAUUGACAGACCGCUUCCAGAUAUUCCAAGAGCUGAUAUUCUGGUCACACAGCAAUGGCUCCGAUUAAUCCUUUGGCAGAUCUCGAACCGUCUCAGCUUGCUGUCGACUCUAUCGCCGGAUCCUGCAUUCACAUAUAAUUACCCGAUCCAAAUCGCCAAGGAUCUCUGUCUGGUCCUGGAAUCGUUGACUGAAGACGCGAUAGCGCACCAUCAUUUCAGCAUCUAUUGCAAGAUCUUCGAGAUCGCAUACUCGUUGAUGGACAUUUUGAACCUGGCUGGACGGCAGAAAGAUGGUCCUGGUGUGCACGAACUUCGGGUGCUUUUCGGCAUCCUUGCCAAUACUCCUGUCACCAGUAUGUGGUACUCCAAGAUUCUCAUGGAAAGGACCAUUGCUCAAGAGCCAGUGUGA